ACACACACAACACUUUAGUUAUGCACUUUUGUUUAUUUAUCGCGCACAAAUUUGUACAAAUUAUGCACUUGUUUUGCCCAAUUUGCAGUAAAAAUAGUGGAAAUCACACUCGUUUAUUUAAAUUGAUUGGGACGAGACCCCAUUUGUAACAGAAAAGGUUAAUAGUUAAUUUAAGUGUUUGUUUCAAUAAUUUUAAUGGCUUGUUGAAUUAUAGUUUAAUAGGAUUUAAGUUUUAAUUGUGUUCAGAUGCUAAUUGUCGAAAAGUUAUAUCGCGACCUCUCAACUGUACGGCUACUUGACAACUACUAAUGAGUUGUACUAUUUACUACAAGCUUUGCCAGGUCAGCCAACCACUGUCACAUGUACAAGUAUAUAAAUUCACAUAUUUGUAUUUGCAUAUGCCAUCUUCUUGUGUGCAUGCUAAUGAAUCAUUUCUCUAUGAUGAUUGUUAACCCAUUCGAUCCCAUUGUACUCGCUUGAGUACAGAAAAAGCAUCUUUUUCGAAACGACGUCAAAAGCCAACGCUUACAAAUUUUUAAAUGUACUCGCCACUUUAUAAUACAGAGCAAUGUCGAAAAGGAAUACACAUGUUUCUCCUUUUUUUUUUUGAGUCCCGUUAUCCGUUAUUCACUUGUCUUUGCGUGCACCUUUGCUAUUUUUCUUCUUUUCAUGGUUUAGUUUGCAAUAAGCUCUCUGUUUGACAAAAUCUAAGUUAUCACGGAAAAAGUUCAGUGUUGUAAUAUUCAUAAUACAUAUAAUUUGUAUACUUUAUACCAAAAAAACGAAAAAAGUUGUGGAAAAGGGCAUUUCGGUAGGUUUAAAUUCUAGUGUACUCGCAUGGGUACAGUGGGAACAUUCAUAUAUAUUUUGUGUGCAUAUUUCUUGUAGAUUUGGUAAUGGAUGUAAAAAAAUUUUACGGAAAGAGGUUUCGAACCUUUCUGCGGCCACCGACUAUAUUGAAUCAAGCGACCGUAGUCACUUCGACUUCGCUAUUAUACCGCCAAAUACCCACUGUGACACAGAUGAGGAGGACAUUGAAGAGGAUAAUAUAUUGCGUGAUGAUAUUCCAACCUUGGAAUCGUAUUUUUCGAUUCUUCUUUACGUCAUAUGACCUUCUUAGAAUUUUGAAAGAACAAGGAUUUAAGGCUACUGGGACUGUUCGUGAACGGCGGACCAAAAAAUGUCCUCUGAAAACGAACAAAGAACUACAAAAGAAGCAACGGUCUCCCCGUUUGAUUUUAUGUUUUCUGACUCAGGAAUACUUUUUGUGACGUGGAAUGACAAUAGCGUUGUGACAGUGGGAACAAACUUUGAUAGAAUUGCACCUUUACAUACCGUCAAACGAUGGUCAAGACAAGAGAGGCGCAAGGUGAAUGCCCAGCAGCCGAAGUUGAUAGCGGAAUACAACUCAGGAAUGGGAGGAGUUGACCUCCACGACCAAGCUUUGAAUACUUACAAUAUAAAGUUUAGAGGAAAGAAAUGGUGGUGGCCUCUUUUCUCCACAAUGAAAAGCUCGUGCGUAGUAAACGCAUGGAAGCUUUAUAAAAUGGCAAGUAAGAGUCAACGCGACUUGUUGCAAUACCAACGUGAAAUUGUGCGAUUUCAUUUACGCAAUUAUAAUAUCCGGGACAUAUCUUCAAAACGAUCGACAACGGCAUCAAUAGCUGGUUCCUUAUAUAACCAUUUUCCCAAAAGGAUAUCGAAUCAGCUGAGGUGCAGGGAGUGUCACCAAAGAAUUCGAUGGAUUUGAGAGUUAUGCAAUGUAGCCCUUUGUGUAGAGAGAGAAUGUUUCAAAAACUUCCAUACUGUUAACCGAACAAAUAACCAAGGAAGUCUUUGAAAGUGUCUUUUUAUUUAAUACUCCAUAUUUUCAUAUACAGGCAAUGUAUAUACAUAUUAUCCCAUUGUACUCGAUUGGGUACAGCCCAAAAAAUGCAUUUCUUUGAUUUUUUUUCGUGUUUUUUUUUUA